AUGUCGAUCGGCUCAGACAACAACAACGUUGACUUGGUAAUUGUUGGAGGUGGACCAACCGGUCUUGCAAUUGCUGUUCUCGCUCGCUCAUUAGGCCUCACAGUGCGCAUUAUCGAUGCCAAAGAAGGGCCUCUGGACCUGGGUCGCGCCGACGCCCUCAAUGCGCGUACUCAACAGUUUCUGGAGGUUUCAAAAACCUUGGGCAAACUCCUACCAGAGGGAAUAACCUGCAAUACAAGCUCGACCUACGAAGCGGGCCAGUUUACUUCCCGUCAAAAUCACUGGUGGACAUCCCUCAAACACACACACAGACCCAACUUCCUCAUGAUCGGUCAACCACGAGUGGAAGCUGCUCUUCUGGAACAACUAGAUGUCGCAGUAGACUACGGAAGCACCGUCGUCGAUAUCACCGAGUUAGCUACGGGUGCGUCCGUCACUACGAACAAAGGGGAAACUUUUGUAGGAAAAUACCUUGUCGCUGCAGAUGGUGCGCGAUCUUUCGUUCGCUCAACACUCAAUAUCCCCUUUACGGGGACAAAACCUGAGAUGGUGUGGGCUGUGCUGGACACAUUCAUUGAAACCGACUUUCCUGUCUGUCCGGAGAUUAUCACCUUUCAGGUGAACGGACAAGGGCGCGUGGCAUGGAUUCCAAGAGAGCGCGGCAUGUCCAGAUUUUAUAUCCUUCUCGACGGGGAAGUCACACAGAAAAACGCCGAAGCGUCAAUCCGAGAACACAUGGCCCCUCACACGGUGCGGUUCGUGAAGACAGAAUGGUUCAGUACUUUUGAGAUCAAGGAACGCAUUGCGGAGUCAUUUAUUUCGCAGUCCGACCAUGGCCGAGUCAUUCUCGCUGGUGACGCUGCACAUGUACAUGCCGUCAACGGUGGUCAGGGGCUCAACACAGGUAUUGCAGACGCAUUUGCCCUGACGUGGCGUCUUGCAUUUGCCGUGAAGGGCCUUGGAGGAGAACAGCUUCUUCGUACAUAUGAUGCUGAACGACGUGCUGUAGCAGCCGGUGUCAUUGGGGUAGCUGCAACGUUGGUGCGCACGACCGUGAAGCCGGCAUUGGAGUAUGUGGAGGCGAUCGAGAGAAAUGCCGGUUACAUCACAGGAAUGGGAGUAUCCUACCCUCCAAGUACGGUGGUUCGGGCCUCUCAAGACGGGGACUUCGUUGCCGGAUACCGUUGCCCGGAUUUGAAGGUCAUUGCGUUGUCAGCUAAUUGCGCCUGUAAGGUCGGAGAGGAAAGAAGAUUAUACACUCUCUUUGGAUACGGGAAGUUUGUCGUUUUCUUCCUGGGUGACAAGGUGGACGCAGCAGAUUUUGCGGCAAUGAAACAAUAUCAGGACGUUGCUGAGUUCUGGAGGAUUCGUUCAGACUCUGAAGUGACUGAAGACAGCAUCCCUACGUAUAGUGCCUUAUGGGCACAAAGCGAACCAGGAGUCGUGGUGAUUCGUCCCGAUUUCUAUACAGGCUGCGUUGGGAAAGACUGGCAGGAUUAUCUCAAGAAUGCUUGUCUCUAG